AUGUCAUCCCUUCUUUCCUGUAAGAGGUGUGUGGAUAAUAGUGAAGAGCAGAUGCUGCUGAUAGAAGAAAGGCCUGAUUUGAUUCAUUCUCUGGAUCCUGGGAGGUGUUGCAGCAGCAAGCAAGAUGGCUUAGCAAACUCUAAUUGCAGAAAGGAGGAGAGAGAAUGUCAAGCACCCCAAGAGAGUUUGGAUUAUUUACCUUCACACAGUAGAGUUUACAAGAAGUGGCUACAAGAGAAAACAUACAGAACUGACUGGGAUCGAUGGAUGUUGAUGGGGCUAAUUGGAAUAGGAGUAGGAAUGCUGGGAUUCCUGACACAUCAGAUAAUUGACUAUCUCAUCAAACUAAAAUGGGAACUGGUGAAAAAUUACCUCCAGAAUGGCAACUUCCACAUGACCUGGAUUUGCAUACUUGGGUCAGGACUGGCCAUGAUUGUUGUAUCUUCAGGGCUAGUGGUGUUCUUUUGCCCAGCAGGUGCACCAUAUGGGCUUCCAGAAGUCAUUGGGUUUCUGAAUGGUGCUUCUAUUCAACACAUUUUUAAUGUCAAGACUUUUUUGGGGACGUUUGUUUCUUGUGUGCUGGCUGUGGCUUCUGGGCUCUUCUGUGGACCGGAAGGCCCUAUGAUUCACUUGGGGGCAAUAAUAGGGUGUGGCCUGUCCCAGUUCAAGUCAGACACCCUCGGAAUUCAGCUGCCCUUCUUCACCAGGUUUUGGAAUUCAGCUGAUAAGAGGAAUUUCAUUACAGCUGGUGCAGGAGCAGGAAUAGCCUCGGUAUUCCGUGCUCCAGUGGGUGGACUCUUGUUCACAUUGGAAGAGGUGGCCUCUUUCUGGGAUAUCAGACUGGCCUGGCAAACUUUCUUCUGCUGCUUGAUGGCUGCCUUCACUACGGAUUUACUCUCUUCAUCUCUUUCUGGGUUUGUUUACAGAGGUCAUUUUGGAUUUUUCAAAGCAGAGAAAAGAAUUUUAUUUUGGGUUAAAAACUUGCUGGAUAUGAGUGUCUUGGCCUUCGUUCCAACCAUUUUCCUUGGAAUACUUGGAGGACUUUUCGGCGCUCUCUUUGUUUCCCUAAAUAUAAAGAUUAAUAAAUUACGUGAGCGUUUCUUUAGCUCAAUUAAAAAAACAUCCCUCAGAAAAACAAGCAAGCUCUUGGAAUCUGUGCUGGUUCUUGGGUGUACCAUCACUGUUACAGUCUACUUGCCAUAUUUCUUUUCUUGCACUCCAGUCAUGAGUCUGAGAACUUUGCAGCUGAAGAACAGUUCAGAAAUCAUAAACCCAUUUGAGAGAGAAAUUUCAGAAUAUAAUUGUCCAUCAGGCACAGCGUGGAUAGGACCAGAUGGAGUCAAAUAUUCCAAUCAAACCUUUAAUGAAGCAGCUGCACUCUUAGCUGAGAAUGGUAAGCAAGGAAUCAUGUACUUGUUCAGACGUGGGACUCAUGAAGAAUUUGGAUAUACCUCUCUCAUUACAGCUCUGGCAUUUUAUUUCCUUCUCUCUUGCUGGACUGCGGGCUCUGCUGUUGCUAGUGGCCUGGUUAUACCCAUGCUGUACACAGGAGCUUUAUAUGGCAGGAUAGUUGGCCUGAUUCUUGUGUCCAUUUUUGGUGUUCAAACCAAUGAACAAGGGGCGUGGAUUGAUCCGGGACUCUUUGCUGCUGUUGGCGCUGCUUCUUUUUUCAGCGGUGUGUCAAGACUAACCAUCUCCCUCACAGUUAUCAUGGUAGAGAUCACGAACGAUGUACAGUCCUUGCUACUUGUGAUGCUGGCUGUCAUGGUGGCCAAGAUGAUCGGUGACUGGUUUAACAUGUCCCUGUAUAGUUCCUUACUGAAGUUGAAAGGCAUUCCCUACUUAGACUCUGAACCUCUUGCUAGCCACAGGAAAAAACGGUUAAACCUGGAAUUGUUUUUUGCCAGAGAUGUCAUGGAGCCUUGUGUUAGAGUCCUGCACUUAAGGGAAAACAUUGCCUCACUGGCUCAGCUUAUUGCUAGCACCAGCCAUGGUGGAUUCCCAGUGGUUUACAAACCCAAGCCGGACCAAGCAGAGGUGUUCCUAGGAACUAUUACAAGGUUAGAACUAUGCAUGCUGCUGCAACAUGAAGCCAUCUUUGAAACAGAAACUAACCAUGGUUCUCUUUCCUGCUGUCCUCUUCUCCUCUACCAGAAGAUAACAGUGGAGAAGUUGCCUGAUCCACCACAGAUGACCAUGCUGCUGAAUCGCUACAGUACAGAUCCUCAGUAUCAGCAACUCUUCAUCAAUCUGGAGCCGUACAUAAACAAAUCAGCGGUGUCAGUUCAGGCUCAUUUCUCUCUGCAACGCACAUACAUCAUCUUUCGGACCUUGGGCCUUCGCCACCUGACAGUUGUUGACCUACAGAACCGAGUUGUUGGAAUAAUAACCAGGAAAGAUCUGAUGUCUUUCCAGCUGGAGAAGAGGCUGGCACAUCAGCUGGCAUCGCAGAAACGUGACUCAGAUGAGCAGCCCUUAGAUUAGGAAAAGAGAACAGAACUGUGAAUGUUUUAUUUCUUAAGAUUUGUCACUUUAAUUUUUUUUUUAAUAAGCCUGCAUUCUUCUUAGGUAAGGGAAAAAAUGGAUAUGACUGUGCUGUUAGAUUCCUUUAGAGCAGGGAAGUUCAAAAGGCAUCCUCCUUGGGCCCUUAAAUGUAUCCUACCACUAGCUCCCUCGAACCAUAGGAUGAUGGCAAAGUUCAUUGACUGCAGAUUUGACAGGGCACUGGGUUAGAUGGACCAUUGGUCUGACCCAGUAUGGCUGUUCUUAUGUAUGUUCUGAUAUUUUUAAGGCUUGUGAACUAAAUCAGAAUUUUUCUACUCAUCUACCAUGGAAGGCAUAAGUACAAGUAGAUACGAAGGUUGAGGUUAAAAUGUCCCAAAGCGUCUAUUUUCAAAAGUGACAUAGUC